AUGAUCAAGGAGGAUCCCACCUGCGAUCCUUACUACGAUCCUCCUGACUGGGUCUGCCCGAAAUGGCGAUUGGUGCUCUCCUUCUUCUGGGAAGUCAUCCGGAAGCCGCCUGGUGAGCGGAAAUACGUCAACAAGCUAGAUCGUGGUAUCUUGUUCUACUUGAUGUUGUCGUACAUGACCAAGAGCUUGGACCAGAAGAACAUCUCCAACGCUUAUGUCUCUGGAAUGAAGGAAGAUCUCAACCUCAACGGUGACCAAUACAAUCUGUUCACCACCAUCUUCAACAUCGGUUACCUCUGCGGCUCUAUCCCGUCUCAGAUCGUUUUGACCUGGCUGCGUCCGUCGUACUCGAUGCCCAUUUGCGAGUGCUUUUGGACCGUCUGCGUCAUGUGCAUGUCGCGCGCCACCAGUGCCCGGUAUAUCUACGGCUUCCGCUUCCUCCAGGGCUGGGCCGAGAGUAUCUGCUACCCUACCAUGAUGAUGAUCCUCGGCUCGUGGUACAGACCCGAUGAAAUCGCCAAGCGCGUCGUCAUCUGGGAUAUGACCUGGUCCAUGGCUGCUAUGUUCUCCGGAUACCUGCAGGCUGCGGUGUACACGAACUUGAACGGCGUCGGUGGAUAUGCUGGUUGGCAGUGGCUUUUCAUCGUCGACGGAUGCAUCUCGCUCCCCAUCGGUCUCAUUGGCUUCCUUUGCAUCCCUGAUUUCCCAGACAACACGCGUGCAAUCUACUUCACCGAGCGCGAUAUCCAGUACAGUUUGCGGCGAAUGGCAGAAGUGGGUAAAAAGGGCUCGAAGAAGAUGACCAUCAAGCGAUUCAUUGGCUUCUUCACCACCUGGCGCUUCUGGGCGUUCAUCACGCCGUACUCGGUCUACAUCGUCGGUGCUGGUGAUUACUUCAAUCUGUGGCUCAAGGGUAUGGACUACAGUGUCAAGAUGAUCAACUACCUGCCCACAAUCGGAAACGCCGUCGCGCUCGUCUCGGGUUAUUUGUUUGCUAUCUUUUCCGAUCUUACCCGCUGGAGAUGGCAGCUUGCUAUGGUCGCUCUGGUUCCGUACCUUUUUGGCAACCUCGUUCUCGGAAUCUGGGAUGGCGUGCCGUUCGGUCUCAAGUUUGCGGCAAACAUUGUGCCCAACGUCGGCGCCUCCUUCUUCUCCAUCUUCAUGGCUUACAUCUCCGAAGUCUUCCAGGACGACACCGAAAUGCGUGGUUACCUGCCCGCCAUCGGUAACGUCAUCUGGUACGCCAUGUACGCCUGGUUCCCGAUCGUCUUCUUCGACGCCGCAGACUCGCCCAAGUUCAAGAAGCGCCAGGGAUACCUCGUCGCGUUCGCGCUCGCCGUCGUCAACUUCGUCUCCAUCUACAUCUGCCACUGGGCGCAUAUGCGGGAAGUCAAGCUCAAGGGCCUGGUCAAGAACAAGUACGGUCUUUGGGUCGCGCGCGAGAUGUUGAUCGACUACGACGGUGCGUCGCAGACCGGUUCGGAUGCCGCCUAUGAAGAGGCUACGUAUGAGAUCGGCGAGAAGAUGAAGGCCGAUCCGGCUAUUUAUGAGAUUGAUCCCAACCAGGACAUCGAGCGGGACUCGGAUCUGAUCCGUGUCAAGUCGAACAAGAUCUGA